CAUGCGGGGCAACUAAAACUCUUGAAGUCUUCAGUCUUGGUGGUUGGAGCAGGAGGGUUGGGGUCACCCGUAGCUCCGUAUCUUGCUUCUUGUGGUGUUGGUUGCCUAGGAAUAGUUGAUGAUGAUAUGGUUGAGCUUAACAAUCUACAUCGGCAGAUCAUCCAUGCGGAAGCAUAUGUUGGGAAGUCAAAAGUGAAGUCAGCUGCUGCUGCAUGUCGUGCGGUUAAUUCUUCUAUCAAGUUGGUGGAACACCAAGAAGCUUUGCAAGCAGCGAAUGCUUUAGAUAUUGUGAGCAAAUACGAUGCAGUGGUAGAUGCAACAGAUAAUCUCCCAAGUCGUUACAUGAUCAGCGAUUGCUGUGUUCUGCUGGGAAUGCCUUUGAUAUCCGGUGCAGCACUUGGCUUGGAAGGGCAGCUUACUGUCUAUCAUCAUAAUGGAGGUCCAUGUUACAGAUGUCUUUUUCCAACACCACCACCGACAACAGCAUGUCAAAGAUGUUCUGAUAGUGGUGUUCUUGGGGUAGUUCCUGGUGUGAUUGGUUGUCUCCAAGCUCUAGAGGCUAUAAAGGUUGCUACUGCAGUUGGUGAACCCCUCUCUGGGAGGAUGCUUCUUUUCGGUGCACUGUCUUCUCGAAUUCGGAUUUUCAAGAUGCGUGGAAGAUCAUCACAUUGUGUUGUUUGUGGAGAAAAUGCAGUCAAGCCCAAGCUGAACCUGGUUCCAGAGAGUGCCCGGAUUAGCAGUAAAGACUACAAGGAAUUAUUUGAUAAGCGUGAGCCGCACGAACUGGUUGAUGUACGGCCAGCACAUCACUUCAAAAUUGCUGCAAUUCCUGGGUCUGUGAACAUCCCACUAUCCAUCUUGGAAGGUAAGCUGUCGACAAUUGAUUUAGCUCUAGAAGAAGCAGGACAGGUUUCAGGCAAACAUGCCUCCUUGUACGUAGUCUGCAGAAGAGGCAACGAUUCUCAGAGGGCUGUACAGUACCUAAACAGUAAUGGUUUCCCUUUGGUUAAGGAUAUAAUUGGGGGGUUGGAGUCUUGGGAACAAGAUGUUGAUCGAACGUUUCCUAUUUACUAGGCAGCUACUGCUACUGUAUCAGUCUCUCUAUUCCAUGAGUAUUUAUUCUGCGUUGAUUUGUGGCUAUGGAUGGAGAUGAUAUCAUGGAUGGGUUCAUGAAGAUCUCAAAUUCAUACACAGGCUAAGACAUUCUGCAUAAAUUUUGCAGGUGGAUUAAAAGUGCCUUCUUUUUGUCGAGAUAAAACAAAUAUCUGUACUCAACAUGUGUAUUACUGCAAGCAACAAUUCCAAAAAUCAACCAAAGUUGUGAAUAAUAUAUAUUUUGUUUACAGGCAGUAAAAUCUAUCACCAGUCUCCAAGUAUUGUUCUAAA